CUGGAUGGAAAAGGAACGCGUUUGCUUCGCCACUUGUCCUGGGCUGGGGGGUAACACAGGGGAAUAUGAAAAACCAAGCAUAAAGAAGAACCCACGGCUGUCUCAGGAUCUGUAAAGGGAAAAGAAAAAGAAAGAGAAACGCUCUAUUUCCGGCCCCGAGGUGCCCUCAGCGCUUCCCGCCCAUCGCCGCCCAUCCCAGCUCCUCCCGCCUCCCGCUCCAGCUCCUCCCGCCUCAGCGCUUCCCGCCGGCCCCCUCAGGAGUUACCGGGAAUCAGGAGCCGCCGCAGCCCUCGGCGGCCGCCGGAGCCCCGCUCCCGGCAGGAGAGGAUGAUGAGGUGAGGCCACGGCGGAGGUGCGGACAACAGCGGGGCUGCCUUGGAGCUGAGGGAGAAGUCCACAGAAAGUUUGUUCCUCCUGGCCAAUGCACCCUAUGGUGAUUCAGCUGCUCAUAAAGCUCUGAAUGGAGCUGGUGAGCUCCAGAGCUGUGUGAGACAAGCUUACUGCAACCUGCGUGUGGAAACAUCUGCACUGUGUGAUACCAGUUAAAUGGCUGCUCACAUGUUUCUCUGGUCUCGUGGACGGCCCAACUUUCUACAUUCACUUUCCGUGCUGUCCCAGCAGUCACUUUCUAAACACUUUUUCCGUGCAAGAGGUCAGUUUGGACAGCCCAAGGAAUGCUUUAUAGAUAUUUGAUUUACCACUGCCUGCAGACAGAGUGUUGGCAAAGAUCUCUUGAUACCCGAGAGCAAAGCACCCAGGCCCAGCCAGUACUGCCUCACCCCGUUUUAAGUCUAUCCAGCAAAUCUUACUGCUAAAUGACACAUUUCCUGCAAAGAUAAAUCUGCCUGUGAGACCCUCACGAAGAGCUUGCUGGCAGCAGCGGUUAGUCGUGGCUGCUGAGCUCCCACUGCUGUGCUCCCAGGUGUCUGGAAGUGCUGUGCAGUCAGUGGAGCACAGGAAACCUUUCGGCGUCGCUCCAAAACCGAUCUGUUGCGUUCCGCAGCCGCUCCGUGCCGUCAUCUUGCCGUCCCCUGGUCCCAAGGGCUCCUCUCGUCAUGAGCUCCUUCGAGGAGGCCGAAACAGAGGAGACAGUGACGUGCCUGCACCUGACCUUCUACCACCCUGGCCAGGCCGAGAGGAUGGUGUUCCGCUGCCUGGAUUUCUGCCGGCGCCAGCGCGUCCGGGCGGACGACACGGCCAGGUUCGGCCGCGACUCCAGCCUCUGCCACUACAGCCUGGUGGACACGCGCGUCUCCCGCCUCCAGUUCUCCCUGCAGUUCUACAGGAAGCUCCACACCUCCGAGUACGGCUUCGAGAUCAAGAACUUGAGCAAGAAAACGAAGCUGACCGUCAACCAGACGGAGCUGGGCUACUUGAACAAAAUCGACCUGCCCUGGAAGUGCAUCAUCUGCUUCGGGGACUACCAGAUCCUGGCAGAGAUUCAAGAAGGGGAGGCCGUGGAUUAUUUUGAGACUCACUUGCACUUGGCUGAAGCACCCAUCUUACAGGAAAGGUGCCUGCCAUCCCUGCAGCCUAUCCCCGAGAACGGCAUUACUCCUUCCUUUCCUCUUUGCCAAGGCAAAAGCCCGACAGAGAUUGACGAGAACGAGCUGUACUAGCAGGGAGAAGGAGGCUGGAUCAGCUUUUGUAGCUCCAACAGACACGGCCCUCACCUCAGCCCGGUGUUCUUGGCUGUGCACAUCAGUCUUCUUUGCUUGGUGUUUCCAGCACAGAUGUUCCAGAGCACUGCUCCACAGGAAUGGAUUCUUGCCACUGCCUUCACAGAGGGCUCUCUGAUGCCCAGAAAGGUGUGGGAGAUGAGGGGUCACUCAAAUCCAUGGAAUCCCAGAACUGUGGCCACGUGCCUUGGAGGGGUAUUUAACAGGCAUUAAUACAGCAGGGGUUUUGGUCCCAGCCAAGGGGUGAUACAAUGUCUUGUUGCAUAUUUUACUUCGUGCUCUCUUUUGCACACCAAAUUCCAAACAGUAUUUUUUUGUGAGCCUAGGUUGUAACUUCACAGAUUUUGCAACUUGGAAACACUUUGUCCUUUUAAAUUUAUGUUUUCAUUAGCUUCAAAGCAAGGUUUCUGUUUUAUUUUUACUUAUUUAAUUAACUUUUUUUUUUUUUUCUGCAAGUUAACUACUUUUGCUUGUGAUGUAGACAAACAUGUAGCAUCAAUCAUCAUGGUCUAUAAAAAUACACAUUAAUUUUGCAAUAAAUACAUUUUGUUCCCUAGUAAGGGUUUGCUCUAUUUUGUAGCUG